GCUACGGUGCACCGAGGGUUAACGCGCUGCGCCUUCACUUCGUGUUUUUUUUUAUUUAUUUAUUUGGGUUAUUUUGUCACAGACAGGAGGAAUACGGAACCCGCCACCCCUCCUCCUUAUUUGAUAUUGAACAUUUUAAGUACCCAAACUACAGCAAGUGCAUUGACUGUAACAAAUGGACGCGCGUUCACAGUAGCACCCACAAAAUAAUGCUUUUGAGAGAGGAACAUGUUCACCGCGCCGCACACCACGGAUGGUCGUGAUGGGGGAAGUGUAUUAGCUCCGAAAAGGCUGGCACAUGAAUAGGGGGGCCGGUGAAAGCCAGAAGCCUGGGUGCAGAAGGUUCGUCUCCGGUGAGCUGUCGCGGCGGCCACAGGGGAUAUAACAACUCAUAGAAUGGAGCAAUCUGCAGCUGUCUACUAAUCACCAUCAUCCUCAACGGGGCACCUCGGCACUAGGACGUGUCAGUACGCACUUCGCGGCGGUGGGAGCAAAACCAGACAGGACACGGCGAAGAUGUUGGCUCGACUGGGGCAACGGGCGGGAUGGAGUCGGAUCACACUGUUGCGCUGAGCUCUCCACCCAGAGACAGAUGCGGGGCUCUACCCGCAUUGUAUCAGUACCCCGACGGGCCGACACUUUCCUGGGGCCACUUGCUGACAUCUCAUUUUUAACAUCGAACUUCUGAAUAGGACAUAAAUUGCAAGAUGGAGGUUGCAAUGGUCAGCGCGGAGAGCGGCGGGUGCAACAGCCACCUGCCGUACGGUUACGCCCAGGCGCGCGCCCGGGAGAGAGAGCGUGAGCGCGAGCGCCAGGCGCACUCUCGCGCGGCUGCUGCCGCCGCGGCCGCUGCUGAUGGGGUAGGAGGCGGAGCAGUCGGGGGCUCUUCGGGUCAUCACCAGCAGCACCAUCACCAUCACCACCACCAUCACCAAAGUCAGCCUCAACCGCCACCGCGCAGCGCCUCCUCCGCCUCCUGCCAUGCACACGGCGGCGGGACCGCCUCGCGCUCCUCCUCCCAACAGCAACAGCCGCCGCGCGAACUGCUGCCCGGAGUUAGGGGCGCUAGGCAGCAGCGCGAGCAGCAGCAACAGCGUGAGCCGCCGUCGGGACCCAGGCGCGCCAGGCAGCAGCGGCGCAGCGGCUCUGAAGAGGAAAUCAUGAAAGACGAGGAGGAAGAAGAGGAGGAGGAGGAGGGGGGUUGUGACGAAGAGGAAGAUGUGCCAGAGCAUCCAGACUCGAGGUUGGCAUUUAACAUGCUGGAGGAAGAGGAGACGCUAGCCCCCCAGUCCGGCUACGAGACACUCUAUGGCGAAUACGAGUGCUGCGAGAGGGUGGUCAUCAAUGUGUCCGGACUGCGCUUUGAAACCCAGCUCAAGACCCUCACACAGUUCCCAGACUCCUUGCUCGGAGACCCGGAGAAGCGCAGCCGCUACUUUGACCCCUUGCGCAACGAGUACUUCUUUGACCGGAAUCGGCCCAGCUUUGAUGCCAUUCUCUACUACUACCAGUCCGGGGGGCGGCUCAAGCGGCCGGUCAACGUACCCUUUGACAUAUUCUCGGAGGAGGUCAAGUUUUACGAGUUGGGCGAGGACGCGCUGUUGAAGUUCAGGGAGGAUGAGGGCUUCGUGAAGGAUGAAGAGAAGCCCCUGCCAGAUGACGAGUUCAAGCGCCAGGUCUGGCUGCUUUUCGAAUAUCCAGAGAGCUCCAGUCCUGCCAGGGGCAUCGCCAUCGUUUCCGUGCUAGUCAUCCUGAUCUCCAUUGUCAUCUUCUGUCUGGAAACUCUGCCAGAGUUUAGGGACGAGAAAGAGUUAUUCAUGGGCAUCAACAGCACGGUGUCCGACAGCGGAUUUACAACUUUUAACGACCCCUUCUUUAUCGUGGAGACGGUGUGCAUCAUUUGGUUCUCUUUCGAGCUCAUAGUGCGCUUUUUUGCCUGUCCAAGCAAGACUGGCUUCUUCAAAAACAUUAUGAACAUCAUUGACAUUGUCUCCAUUCUGCCUUACUUCAUCACGCUUGGCACAGAUCUGGCUCAGCAGCAAGGCAACGGGCAGCAAGCUAUGUCCUUUGCCAUCCUCAGAAUAAUCCGCCUGGUUAGAGUCUUUCGCAUUUUCAAACUGUCGCGACACUCCAAGGGGCUGCAGAUUCUGGGGCACACCCUCAGGGCCAGCAUGAGGGAAUUGGGGCUUCUGAUUUUCUUCCUUUUUAUCGGCGUCAUUCUCUUUUCCAGUGCGGUCUAUUUUGCCGAGGCAGACGAGCCCUCCUCACAGUUCCAGAGCAUCCCGGACGCCUUUUGGUGGGCAGUGGUAACCAUGACUACAGUGGGAUACGGCGACAUGAAGCCCAUUACGGUCGGAGGCAAAAUCGUGGGCUCCCUCUGUGCCAUAGCCGGAGUGCUGACUAUCGCCCUGCCCGUGCCCGUCAUCGUUUCCAACUUCAAUUACUUUUACCACCGAGAAACGGACAACGAUGAACAGUCGCAGAUUGCACAGCAUACCCCACUGUGCCCUUACCUCCCCAGUAAUCUACUUAAAAAAUUCAAGGGGUCAUCCACCGCCUCUUCUUUGGGGGAGAAAUCGGAAUACGUGGAAAUGGAAGAGGGUGUCACGGAGUCGCUUUGCGCAAAAGAGAAGCACUUGCAGAGCAAAGGGAACGGGACCGAGAUAGUAAAGAAAAAGUCAAUCAAUCCGAAAUCUGUCCAGACUGACGUGUGAUGCAUUUAUUUUUUUAUUAACAAUCUUUUAAUUUUUGUACUUAUUACAUCUAUACAGUUUAUUGCUGGUGAAAAGAAGCAUUGAGCAGACAUACAAGUGCAUAGAAGAAACAGAAAGGCGAACACAAAGUGGACACAUAAGAGAGAUGAGCUGCACCUGCAGACGAUGAGAACUAAUUAGAUGUCAGCAUUUAUUUUCAGUCCGGCCACUUUGAUCACACCUCAUUUCGGCCACCAGUGUCACCCCCCCCCCCCCCCCCCCCCCCAAACAAUACUGCCAUCCUUCAAGCGAAGUUGAAACCUGCUUGCCUAAUCUCAUAAUGCAAACUCAAGCUUUAUCUCAGCAGCUCCAAAUUUUGCGAUCAAUUCCACCACCCCCACUCCACCCCACUCAAUUUAAAUGCCACGACACAUUUUUUCCAUUCGCCACAACUCGCCCUUCGGCAGCCCCCUUCUACGAUUGUCGGAGGGGCUUCAUUAUAAACAGAGGAGGCGAGAAGGGCAGCCGCUGCGCUCUGCUUAGCGCUGAGUCCGGCAUUUUAAACCUAAACUGAACUCUUUUAUCCGAACGAUUUAUUAGAUGCCGCGAUGCUGCUUUCUGCCCAUCCUAAUCCUAAUCUAAGGCACUUUAUUCAACAACACAAGCUUCCUUAUCUAGUGUUGUGUGCAGUGCGAAACACUUGAAAGGGGCUUCGGAGAAAAGACCGUUACGCUUAACUUCAACUUCGCUUUUUUUGCACUAUUAUGUGUUCUGGAGACAGGGACGCGGCCGUAAAGGCGAAGUUUACCGUAAAUGCUGGACACACAAACAGGGGUUACUUAACGCGCAUCAUCUGCUGGACGGUAUCCCGAGAUGGGACACAGUUGCUCUUUACCAAUCUAGUGUGCCCAUCGGGUGCCACGUAGUGUAACCGUUCAGAUGUGACAAUUCUGAACAUGCAUGCGUUAUUUUAUUGAAUGGCGCAGCGGCCCAUGAAAUCAAAUUUACCUCAUUUGGCAUAAUUGGCAGUGAAGUGCACCCUACCCAGAUUGCAAGCUCUGUGCCACAUGGGUACCCAUUGCAAUUGAGGAUUUUUUUUUAUGAAUCAUUGCUCUAUUUCUUAUUUUACAGCAUUUAGACAGGAAAUCAGCUGUUAUUAACAAAUUGCAAAAAAUAAAUAAAUAAAUAAAUAAAUAAUCAAGAUACAGCAUUGACAAUUUAAAACGUGCUUCCUUCUGGAUUUAAUCCUUUUUUAAACAUGAUCUUCAAUCAGAUAUAGGCUUCUUAAGUAACAGAGCAUAGCUGAAUCACCAUUAAAACUCCCUGACGCUUUUCAAAAAGAUAGACUUGCCUCAGCCGGUUGCUUUUUAUGCCUUCUUGAAUUAUAAAUUGUUCUCACCAAACAUAUCUCCCCUCUCUGACAUGUCUGCCAACCCAGUCCACUCUGAACCUUCCAAAUCUGCCAGCUGCAUCAGCUUGUUCCAGCCUACCCUCCAAAGCUGCCACAUUCCUGGGGUAUCGAACCCACAGCUCAAACCCUUGCUUGCCUCCCUAAUGAAAUGAUCUUCCUGUUUGCGGUGCCUAAAUCAGAUGAAAAGAUCAACCAAAUGGUAGUCACACCACCAUAAUUCUUUGCUGCUGAAGGAACCCUUUGCCAUAUGUGCUCAGACUGUGUGACCUGUGAGCGAUGAAGGACUGCAAAUCCCUUUAAAUUUCAUGAAUGGUUUUGGCAACUUGAAUUUUUGCUUUUUUUUUCUAUUAAUACCUUAUGUGGACAUUCUGCCCAUUCAGAGGGCGAAAAAAGAAAAUAAAAGAAGAAGAAUUAGAAGAACUCCAGUCUUCCCAUAAUGCGUCUACGUGUCCCAAACGCAAAGGUGUAGAAAAAGGAGCAGGGUUAUUGCUGCCCAGACCCGGACACUAUGCCAGCAGCCUGCCAUGCUGGUGGUGGCAGAAGAAGAAGACCUUUGUGUUUGGAGUUUACCUGCAACAAAGUCAAAUCCCAGUCGAAUGCCUUAAAGAAAACCAAGAUUAGUCAUGUUUCUCCAUUUCCUCAUCACCCAAGGUGAAGAGUCCUGCACCUUGGAGAGGGGUGCAAGCAAUUACUGCAAAUAAAGACCAUAGAUUCUUUUUUUUUCUGACUUGUUUUUGACAGAAGAAAUGGUUGGCUGUCAUCUGCCAUCCAGCUUCUUGGCUGAACUUGGAGUUAGCAGGCUCAGGACAGUGGAUAUAUUUUACUUUUCUGGCAUGCAAAUAGAUCUUCUUAAACCAAAAUGCCACUGAUGCAAAUGGUGCUGCUCUGGACGCUUCAUCAACAGAAAGAAGGUUUUAUUUUAUUUAUUUUUUUGUUAAAGUUUUUUUUUUUUUUUCAAUAAUUCCAAUUGCGUGUACGUCUCUGCCUGCAUUCCUUUAUCAGUCAAGAGACGACCUUGGUAAGGUCUAGUUUGUUUCCCAAUUUAAUAAUAAUGUUGCUUUAUAUAGAUAUAUAUAAAGUAACAUGUACACACACACACACACACAUACAGUAUAUAUAUAUAUAAAUAUAUAAAGAUAUAAAUAUAUGUCAUAGCUAUAUUUUCUAUACUUUUUGUUUGCUUUUUGAUGUUUUACUGUUGCAUUGCAAAACAAAGAAUGUCAAGGUGUUGCAAAAUUUAUAAAAGAACAUAGAAGAUAUUUGUUACUAUUUUACAUUGGUUGACCCCCUUGAACGGGGAACCAGUUGACCAGUUGCAAUCUACCUUAUAGAAAUACUGACCAAGCAAAACUGUGGCACUCUGUGAAGCCAUUGAAACAGCAUGCAAACUCAGAUUUAUACAAAAAAAAAAAAUCUCUCGAGCUACUUUAGGACAUUCAUGGUUACGGAAGGGGAGUAAGGCUAGGGCUAACAGCGCAUCUUCAACUUCCACCUCCUUCGUUUAUUUUGUUGAUCUUCGGCCCCGUCCCUCAGUUUUUCUUUUUCUUUGGGCCUGACCUUUCCUUGGUGCCGUGGACUGAGGAAGAGUGAACGUGUCUGCUUUCUUUCCUGCCGUCACGAACCUGACUCCCCUUGGAGAGGAAUCCAGUAGUUAAUCUUCAUCACGUUGGUUACUUGUUCAGGAUGAGAAGGUGAUGAGGAUGGCGGAGGGGAAAUCAGAUAGUUCAUCAGAACUAGGAGUCACUAACAAGUGUCGCUGAGGGCUGAUACAUUUUCUGUUUGCAGGUUACCAGACAUGUCAUGUUUCAAAGUAGCUGCGUUUUAAGCAGUCUCCUCCAAGUUGUGCUCUGGUUUUGGGUUCAUUGUGAAAAUCAGUCCCAGAGAGCUGAAGUAUUUGCCAGUUCUAGAUCAUUAACUAACGGUGGACCUCAUUUUUCGGGGACUGACUUAAGUCAGUAAGAUCUGCAAUGUUUUCCGAUUUUAGAGGACAAUUUGAAAAGACUCCCAUGAUAUCUACUUUUGUAGUAUAAGGUUAAAGUUUCUAGUUCAGAAGAUUAAUUGCAUGUCUUCUUGAUGUGCUAUUUGAGGUUCUAGUGCCCAACAUAAUGAUAAUAUCCUGUCCUCUUGGGAUUGUGUUUUGGAACCCAGGCCAGAAGCCGUGUUUGAGCCCUCAGAGAUUUUUUUUGUGACCCACACUCCCCCAACCUGUCCAAUUAUUUUUGAUGCCUGGACCUCCUCAGCAAGAUGCAUCCCUGGAAGUGUAGGGUCAACCUGAUUGUCUUCCUCAGCACCUUUUAUAGAGCUGGCCAACAAAGGAGCCAGACAGAUUGACUAAAGGAACCUACCCAGCAAAGUUCCAAGGACAUAAUCUAUAAAAAGUUUGAUGUAACACUUGGUUCCUCUAGAGCUGAUGUGCAGAAUUAUUCAAACUUACUGCUGCCUAUCUAAGGAUGAAAUCAAAUAAAAGAAAUGAGAAACAAUACAAAAAAAGAGCCAGACAUGCUGCUGACCGCCAUGUCCUGUAACAGGAAUGACCGGUUGAGUAACUGAGCUCGGAGACUUCUUCGGAAAGGCAGCCGCGUCCAAGUGUGAUAUUCCUCUCCGCAGAUGGCGCUGGGCUCAGUUAUUCGGGAGAUACUUAUCUAUGCAUUUUCAUUUGUCUUUCUGUUCCCUUUCUCCUUCAGCGCAUUUGUUCAUCUUUGAUCAACCUGCAGUCAUGUGGGGAAGGUGGGGAAUUGGAUGCUGACCGUAUAUUUACUGCUUACAUGUUUUUCAAUAGAGUCUCCUCCAACAAAAUUCAAGCUUUUCUUUGCACACAGGAAAGAAUAUUUUUGUACUGGCUAUUUUUUGAAACAGUUAUUUGCAGUAUUUAGCUAUAGUGUUUUUAGCAGAAAUUUAAAAAAGAAGAUGGUAUUUUUGUAAAACCAGUACAAGGUUGCAAAUCUUCCAUGCCCAUUCCUGUAUUUCACUAUAAGAGGAGCAGAUCUCUGCAGGAUGGGCAUUCUAGGCUACAAAAAAAAAAAAAAAUCACCCUCAACAAAGUGAGACUUCAGGUGUGAAGCAUUCAUUUCGAGAAUACAGACUUACAGAUUGAAACGUGUCCGCUGAGAACGAUGUUUUAGUUUUUUCCCUCCCCUGUCAUUCCGUCUUCACUUAAACUCUGUGAUCAUUUUUGUUUUCCUCCUUCUUGGUGUGUUUUAUAUCCGAUCGGUCUGAUUGCUGCAAAAACAGUCUUCCUGUAAAAGUAGCCACAUAAGCCCUUAGAACUAAUCUAAUUUGCAAAUCAUGGGUAUUGUCUGGCCCAUCUUGUCGCUGUUACAGGGGGACAAGCAUGCUGGCAGCUAAGGAGUUCCCCCUCAUUUAGAGUAAAUGGUCUACAAUCUCUGUCUUCUCCUCUGGAAAUGACUAACCUAGAGUUGACUGCCCAGCCUAGACUGUUAAUGUAUUUUUCCAAGCUAGAGUUGAAAAAGGAAUCAAUGAACUGAUGAUAUUCAAGCAUUUUUUUUAUCACAGACACAUAGCUGCAAAUGGCUUGUGUGUAACAAGACAGUUUGGUUUAUGCGGUUCAUUCACUUUGUUGUGGGAUGACAGCUGCUGCCAUUUUGGUCAGCAGUUGCAUUACACAGGUCGAACAGUGUGCACUUAUACUCCAUAAGGAAUUCUUGCCUCGAGUUUACUUAUGACCCAGGGUCAUUGCAGAUGAGGUGAUCUCCAAUCACUAAACAUACAGUGCAUCCUUCUUUUCCUGAAUGCCCGCUGCCAGGUAUAUUUCCCCAAGGGGGAUAAGGUGGACUCCUUCUUAGUGGGGCAGUCUGAAUUUGGUUAUUUUCAGGCAGAGGAAAUGGAAACUCAGUCUUCCUAUCUAUGCUUUCCAUGGUCAUUCUAGCCUAAAGACCAUUCCACAGAGGGAUAUUUUCUCUGUUGACCUAGCUCAGUGUUCUUUUAAGGGCCACUAUUGGCAGGAUUUCAUCUGGUGAGUGGAGUAACUCUGGAAGGCUGCUCUUUUGUUGUUCUAUUUUAGGGUAGUUUCCAGGAAUGGAACUAUAAUCAGUUGCCCUUGCUGUCUGGCAAUCAAGGCUUGAUCAUCCCUCCUUGUUACCAGUUGUUCAUGUGUCUCCAUUCAAUGGGCCCUCUAAAUUAAUCUCAUUUUUGGAAGGCUGUUCCUUAGUUACUUACCAUUUUCCUUAAAGUUGGUGCCCUAUUAAAGGCUGUCAUUGGCUAAGUCUUCCUAGGGGGUUCUCAACUCACGUCUGUUAAAGGGCCGCAAUCAACUCUAAGCUCUUUGUUCAGUCUCCCUCGGGGUCCGGAUUCAGCAUUAUCAUCAUCAUUAUUGUCCGUUCAUCCCAUGCAGUGUUUGCUAUUAUGUUUUUUUUUUUCCAAGAUUCAUAAAGUUCUUGCAUUCUGGAUGUCUGCUGUGUACACAAUAGCAACGUGGAGCUGUACAUUUAGCAGUUGAAAUCUCCUGACAUAUCUGGGGACCGUGCAGCCUCCUGUAUGGUCUUCUUCUGCAUUUCAUAUCUGUCUCCCACUGCAUGAUUCAGUAUUUUACUCCACUUCUGUGAAGAGAUGUAACUAUUAUUGAUUUGGGUGCUAGCGCGCUUCUUGUUUUUGGGACCUCUGUUUGUCUUUUGUUUUCUUUUCUAAUCUGACUCAUGGAAUUUCUAUAUUCAUGUCUCCAACAAGGCAGCAAUACAAGAAGGGUCAAGUUAUGGAAUUAUGUGCAAUGAUGAAAAUAAAGUGAUAACUCUUA